GGUGUCCUGGGGUGGGAGCGACACCGUGACGGCGAGGGGGGUCUGAGCGCAGCGUGCGGAGGAGUGCGAGACAGCGGGAGCUGGAUGGGUCAGCCUCCCCCUCUUGCUAGAGAUGAAGCGAGUCCGGUCCUGGGGGGAGCCGGACCUCGGUGGCACCCCUGACCCUGAGGAGGACAGCAGCGAGCAGGACGAGAGCCCGUCCAACAAGGCCUCCUGGAGCCUGGCGGACACCAUGAACUACGUCGGCCACCUGGCGGGCCAGGUGCUGGUGACGGUGCGGGAGCUCUACAAGGGCAUCAACCAGGCCACGCUGUCGGGCUGCAUUGAUGUGGUGGUGGUGCGACAGCGUGACGGUUCCUACCAGUGUUCGCCGUUCCACGUGCGCUUUGGCAAGCUGGGCGUGCUGCGCUCCAAGGAGAAGGUGAUUGACAUCGAGGUCAAUGGCGAGCCGGUGGAUCUGCACAUGAAGCUGGGCGACAAUGGAGAGGCCUUCUUUGUGCAGGAGACCGAGGAGCAAAACGAGAUCAUCCCGGCCCACCUGGCCACUUCGCCCAUUCCUAUGGAGGACGCUUUGUGCAGGGGGCAGGAAAUGCAGCCGCUGGCAUCUGACCUGGAGCGACCCCAGAGACGCUGCUCUGGUGACCCAAGCGAGGACCUCCCCCCGAGCUCUUCAUCUAUGAGGAAGAAGCGACGGCGCAGGAAAAAGCAUAAAGUAGACCCUAGGAAGGAAGAGCAAGCGCCCCCUGCUGGCGGGGAGGAUAUCUUUGAAAUGGAUCUCAGUUCCGAUGAGGGACGGGACAAACAUGGUGUGAGGGCAUCGCCGUUCACCCCAGUGAAAGAAGCAGACGCCGGCCGAACUCACCCCAUUCACGAAUCGCUGGAGAGCUACCCUUUCUCUGACGGAGACUGCUCUCCUUCCGACAGCCUGGCGGCACCGGAGCCAUUUUCACCCAAGAGCGACUCAGAGCUGGAGCUGAAAGCCUCGGACAGCCUCCUCCGGGCCGAAUCCCACAUGCAGUGGACGUGGGGCGAGCUCCCAGAAUCCACCAGGGUGACGAAGAAGGAGUGGACGGGGCCCCCAGAAACCGCAACGAUCACGCCGUCGGAGAGCACGCACUUCCACGUCAUCCUCAGCUGCGAGGCGAUGGAGGCGGAGCCGGAGGAGUCGGGGAGCGCGGCCGACCCCGUGUUUGUGAAGCCGAAGCCCCGCCCGGCCGCGGCGCACGUAGCCGGUGACCCUGCGGCGGGACCUCGAGGCUUCGUGCCCGGCGAUGUGGGGGACGGCUCCGCUGCGGCUCCACCCGCCUCUGUCCCCGACUCGCCCUCCAAAAAGAAAGGUGUCCCAAAGCGCAGUCAUCACCAGGGACCAGAGGACAUCUACCUGGACGACCUGAGUGUUCUCGAACCUGAUAUCGCUGCCCGCUACUUUCCUAAAAGCGAGGUGGAGUCUGGUCCCCGGCAGUGGGCGGAGUCAGGGCGGGGCUCCGGCUCUCACUCCCCCCAGUCUGUGGGCAGCGCUGCAGCCGACAGCGGCACCGAGUGCCUGUCCGACUCGGCCGCCGACCUGCCGGACGUCACGCUGUCCUUGUGUGGCGGCCUAAGCGAGAGCGCCGAUGCUGACAUCUGCAAAGAGAAAUUCAUGGAGCACGUCAUUACGUAUCACGAGUUUGCGGCGAACCCAGCUCUCAUUGACAAUCCCAACUUGGUUGUGAAAAUUGGGAACAGGUAUUAUAACUGGACGUUGGCUGCUCCCCUUGUGCUCAGCUUGCAGGCCUUUCAGAAGAACUUGCCCAAGAGCGCCGAAGACGCAUGGGUCAAGGAGAAGAUGCCCAAGAAGUCGGGUGGCUGGUGGUUCUGGCGUAAGCGCUCAGAUAGCACAAUCAAGCAGUCGGAAACCAAAGUGGAGCCAAAGGAGUCGCAGGAUGAAGGAGGCCCAACACCCCCACAGAAGAGCGCUGCCUUGCAGGCCCAAGCAGCGGACUCUUCUAGUGAUGAAGAGGCCCAGGAGAUUAGCGCAGCGGCUGCUGCGUUGGACCGCCGGCCAGCGGGGGCGCCGUUGCAGACCAGCUCCCCUUCCUACAAGAAGUCGCUGCGACUUUCCACUGAGCAGAUAGCCAGCCUGAAGCUGAAGGAGGGGCCCAAUGAUGUCACCUUCAGCAUCACUACCCAGUACCAGGGCACCUGCCGCUGCCAGGGAACCAUCUACCUGUGGAACUGGGACGACAAGGUCGUCAUCUCGGACAUCGACGGCACCAUCACCAAGUCCGACGUCUUUGGGCAGAUCCUCCCACAGUUGGGCAAAGACUGGACCCACCAGGGCAUCGCCAAGCUGUACCAUGCUGUGCAUAAGAAUGGCUACAAGUUCCUGUACUGCUCGGCGCGUGCCAUCGGCAUGGCGGACAUGACCCGGGGAUACCUGCACUGGGUCAACGACGGCGGCACCAUUCUGCCCCGCGGGCCCCUCAUGCUGUCUCCCAGCAGCCUCUUCUCUGCCUUCCACAGGGAGGUCAUCGAGAAGAAACCGGAGCUGUUUAAGAUCGAGUGCCUCACGGACAUCAAGAACCUGUUCCAGCCCAACAGAGAGCCCUUCUACGCCGCCUUCGGGAACCGGGUCAAUGACGUGUUCGCCUACAAACAGGUGGGCGUUCCCGUGUGCCGCAUCUUCACCGUCAACCCCAAGGGGGAGCUCAUCCAGGAGCAGAGCAAGGGGAACAAGUCCUCGUACAGCAGACUGAGUGAGCUCGUGGAGCACGUCUUCCCCCUGCUGGACAAGGAGCAGAGUUCGGCCUUCAGCUGCCCCGAGUUCAGCUCCUUCUGCUACUGGCGGCAGCCAAUCCCUGAGCUCUGCCUGGAUGACCUGCUGUGAGAGACGGCCCGCAUUUGGCCACGCCCCUCAGCAAGCUCCCACCCACACCCCACCCAAUCUGCUCCUAGUUCCUCCAGGCUCCGCCCGGUGCAGGCAGAGCCCUGUGAGGCAGCAUGCCCUGUUUUGGACCGCCGUGCCCCGCCCGCUGCCAAGGUGGGUGUGGCCACACGCUCACCCAGGGUGGGUCUAGUCAGCGCAACUCGCGGACACGUGAACGUUUUGAGGUCAUUCAAUGAGGAACACAGGGUUUCGACGAUUGCGACGCUUAUUUUCCGAAGUCGUCCGGAUGUUCAUUGCUUGAUCGGAGCUUCUGAUCUCACUUUUUCCAAAGUUUUUCUCUUCCUUUUUUUUUUUUUUUUUUUUUGAAUGCCAGUGAUUUUCAGGCUCAUCUUCCUACUGAGGGUGAAACGGAUCACACGCACACACACACUUAUUCUACAUGCAGCAAGAGAAGCUGUAAAGCACAAGCGUCUGUCAAUGAGGGACACGCCUGAGGACGGGGGGCGGAGCCAGCAGUCGUUCCCCUCCUGGCCAGGUUCCGUGCAGUGUGUUGUGUGUGUAAAUGUGUCUCUGUCUGUUCAUCCUGAGGUGAAGUGACUAUCCACCUUCAGUCUGUGGUUUCUCUCUUUCUGUGAAAGUGCUCUCUA